CAUCUUCACCAUCAUAAAUAUAUAUAUUUUAGGGUUCUACGAGGGUUUCUCUCAUCAAUUCAAUCACUACGUAAAUGUAACAUCAAUACCCAUCAACUGUAAUCAUCUUUUUCUCAUAGUAUAUAGAUAUACAUAUACAUAUAUUAAUUUGUAGAUAUAAAUAUAUAGAUACAGAAUUGGGGUUGAAAAUAAGAUGGCUGGGAUAACUAGAGGAGGAUCAAGUUUACAGUUUUUAAAUAACCCGUACGGGGACACAACAUAUACCAAAGUGUUUGUUGGAGGUCUUGCUUGGGAGACACAAAGUGAAACACUUCAUCGUUAUUUUCAACAGUUUGGAGAAAUUUUGGAAGCAGUUGUCAUUACUGACAAACAAACUGGCAGAUCAAAAGGCUAUGGUUUUGUUACAUUUCGCGAUGCGGAAGCAGCAAAGAGGGCUUGUGCUGAUCCCAAUCCAGUUAUCGAUGGUAGAAGGGCAAAUUGUAAUUUGGCAUCACUUGGGCGACCUCAACCACCUUUGCCUUUUGGACGUAUGAGACCAGCAACACCCUACUUUGGGGGUCCUCCUGGGGGACCAUUCAUUGGAGACCCGAGUUACCGCCAACCGGUUCCUUACAAUUAUCAGCAAUUUCCAUAUUCCUUAUAUGGGUAUCCACCAUAUGUACCUGAAUACGUCUUCCAUCAGAUUCCAUACAGUCCGUACAUGGGCCAGCUACCACAACAUCCUCAGUUGUUUGGGCUACCUGGCCCCAUCAACACAAAUGUAUAUCCGUUUGGUCAAAUGGGCCCACCACCCUCUGGAAGCCCAGGUCAUAGAGCACUUCAGGGGAUUGUAGCUCCUGGUCCUCAUGUUAUGCCAUAUACUAGGCCAAGUGUUGGUGGAACUUCUGCAGAAACUGUUCCAAUGUCUCCGGCACCAUAUUUCACAGGUGUUGCUCCACCAUAUUUUGGACAGAUGAGGGGUGCCCAUCCUUCUCAGUUCACUCAGGGGACUGGUUCAGAGUAGAGAGGGCUUGAUUAAGAGAUAACGGAUCGCUUCCCGAGGUGCCCACUAACCGCAAGAUGACAUUGCAUGUUACUUGAGUGACAGAUUUCACUUUUGGCCUUGGAUGUCUUUGUUGUUUCUUUGAAGAGGUUUUCAGGUCAUCAGAAGUCAUGGACAUGAAGGGUCAUAUGGAGUCGAUAUUCAAAAAAUUAAACUUUGAAUAGCCAGACUAUGAACAUAAAAGUGCUAAAACUGUGGUUUAACUGGUCUGUAUAAUUGGUAACGGGCUUGUAAUGCAAGUCUAGUGUCACUCUCAUAAAGUGUUAACAACGAAGAUUGCUGGAAUUUGGUAUUCCAGCAAUCGUAUAUGACAGAAUCUUCGUAUGAUUCUAGAUGGUCAUCUAAACUUGGUGUAUAGACACCAUGGUCACUCUCUGGUCAUUUAACUUAAUGACCGCCUUUCUUUUUUAUUUUUCCCUGCUUUUGUUUCCCUUCUCCCCUUCCUUCUUAAAUUGAACAGCAGACGCUCAUAUUAUCAUGGGUGUGUGGAUCUGGACUAUGUAUGGUGGACGGUUAACUGGUUCAGGAUGGUUUACUUGGUUGAUCCUGGAGGUAUGAAUUUGAUUAUUUGGAAUAUUCAAACUGUUCUGCAUUGGAAACAAGAUGAUGAAGGAUUAAUUACUACUGGUAGAUGCUUAAAUUUUAAGUUCGGUUUAUUUCAAAAGUUACCAUAGAUUCUUUGAAUUUCCUUGUCUAUAUUUGAUCUCUAUUUCAUAAUGGAACAUACAACAUGUUUUAAGACGUC